AUGUCGUUUAAUCAAGUAUCGGCCUUGUCGCUUACCCCAAGUCGACCAGCGCCCCAGGCACCGCAGCGGCGUGGAACAGACACUAGCUUUACGGGAUCUCCGGUGGCUUACUCACCGUCAUCGAAUUCAUCGUACGCGGCGUCGUAUACCGGUAUUGGCGGAUCCCCAAACAGGAACUCGGAAGCCUUCAUGUCGAGCCAGGUCGUCCGGAGCGGAUACGUAAAUGUGAAGGAGGAUGGCUUUGCAAGCUGGCUUUGGCGAGAGAAAUGGUUGGUGUUAAAGGAGCAGACGCUGUCAAUCCAUAAGAACGAGUCCAUGCCUCAACAAAGUGUCAUCAACCUCCGAGACAUCUCUAAUAUCGAGCGGAUAGAUUUGAAGCCGUACUGCCUGCUGCUGGAGACGACUGGGAAGCGGUAUUACUUUGCUCUCAAGAGCGACGAAGAGCUUUAUGGGUGGCAGGAUGAUAUCUACUCCCGCAGCCCGCUUAUGGGAGUGAGCAAUCCUACGAACUUCGUACACAAGGUGCACGUCGGUUUCGAUCCCACCUCGGGAGCCUUCACUGGUAUGCCCGAGCAAUGGAGCAAGCUGCUCACAAAGUCGGCCAUCACGCGGGAGGAUUACCAGAAAGAUCCCCAGGCGGUAUUGGACGUCCUCGAAUUCUAUACCGACCACAAAAAGCGCGAGAUGGAAGAACAGGGCCUCAUGUCCAUGUCGGCGUCAGGGUCAACGCUCGUCGGAUCCACUUAUACCUCAUCAACACUCUCUCCCUACUCCGCGGAUACCUCUACCCCCCGAUUCAACGCAGGCACAGGCCUUGCCGGAAUUAGCAAGAUUGGCUCGCCCAUCCCCGAUACCCGGCCAUCCGCGAAGCGACAAGAGACGGCUCCGGCCGGUCUCACGAAUGAAAAUGGGAUGCUUAAUGGUGCAGGAUCACUCCAACCUUCCAGGCCAGCACCUCCUCGACCCUUGCUUACAGCCAAUCGCCCUGCGCCACCCGCACCAUCCGGUAAGCCUGCCGUGCCCGAUCAUACCCCCUCAUCUGCGGACCUCCGCGCACGCGUCAAAGCCCAUGGGCCCGACUCUGCGAGGCAGCCCCCCGGGCUUCAGCAGGACCGGGUGCCUCAGCGGAAGGACUCGUUGGCUAGGAUCAAUCAGAACGGACAGGAGCAGGACAGAGAGACCGAGCAGCAGAAGAAGGAUAGCGAAGAAUCAGAGAGACCCAAGCAAGGCUUGCCUUCUGGCCCGAGGCCGAAUAUGGUCCCUGCUAAGUCUGCACCUGCCACGUCUCAGCCUGCCACGGAUCCCGCCCCUGGUGCUGCUGGCGCGACUGUUGGACCUCCCCCCGUCAAGCCCCUUCAACCCGCGAAGAAGCCUGCUGCUCCGCCAGUAACCGUGACGGGCGCAGAUGAUGACAAGGCUGGGGUGGCUGCUGCCGCGGCUGCUCUGGAGAAGCCGAAGGAGAAGGAGAAGCGAAUCAGCACCAUGACGGAAGUGCAGAUUAUGGAGAAGCUGAGGAGCGUUGUCAGCGACGACGAUCCGAAGACCCUGUACAGCAAGAUCAAGAAGGUUGGCCAGGGUGCUUCAGGCCACGUCUAUGUCGCCAAGACGCUGGCUACCGGGAAGAAGGUCGCCAUCAAAGAGAUGGACUUGUCGCACCAGCCACGCAAAGAACUGAUUGUGAACGAGAUUCUUGUCAUGAAGGAGUCGCAGCACCCGAACAUCGUGAACUUUUUGGAGUCAUAUCUUGUAAAGAACAACGAGUUAUGGGUCGUCAUGGAGUAUAUGGAGGGCGGCGCGCUGACGGACAUCAUCGAGAACAAUACUUUGGAGGAGGACCAGAUUGCAUGCAUCUCCCUGGAGACAUGUAAAGGCCUGGGUCACCUGCACAGCCAGCAUAUUAUUCACCGAGACAUCAAGUCUGACAACGUCCUGUUAGAUGCCCAGGGCCGUGUUAAAAUUACGGAUUUCGGUUUCUGUGCUAAGCUCACCGAUCAGAAAUCGAAGCGUGCUACCAUGGUCGGUACUCCGUACUGGAUGGCGCCUGAGGUCGUCAAGCAGAAGGAGUACGGCGCCAAGGUGGACAUCUGGUCACUCGGUAUAAUGGCUAUCGAGAUGAUCGAGAACGAACCUCCAUACCUUGACGAAGAGCCUUUGAAGGCCCUGUACCUGAUCGCCACCAACGGCACGCCGACGUUGAAGAAGCCCGAAGCGCUCAGUCGAGAACUCAAGAGCUUCCUGAGCGUCUGCUUGUGUGUCGACGUCAAGAGCAGAGCCACCGCUGCGGAGCUUCUUGAGCAUGAGUUCUUGAAGAAAGCGUGUCCACUGUCAGGGUUGGCACCUCUCCUACGCUUCAGAACGCAGAAGCAGUCUUAA